GUACAUAUAUUUGGAAAAUAUAGUGUUGUGCAUUAUAUUCUUUGGAAUGAUUUGCCAUCGUCAAUUAUCAAUUUAGGCCCUGUAAUUAAGGCAAGUUUAGUCCUGUAAAUGUGUAUUUCCUUUUUUACCCUUGUAUCUCUCUUAUAUAUAUACUCAUAAUAGAGACACAGGUAGACACGCUGGGUUUUCUGUUUUUCAACCUUCUUCUCCAAUCUUUCUUCUUCCCUGUUCCAGUUUAUAUUGUUUGCUGUUGUUCUACACAGUCUUUCAGAAUUUAUGUUGGCCAUGAAUGAAGAUCGCGCCAUGGAUAUGUUCGAUGCAGAAAUUGUCAACGAGGGUUCUAUAGAUGAGUUAGAAGCCAUAUCAAAGUUGGCAAACCAAUGCCUUGAUUUUAGUAUAAACAAUAGACCAAGAAUGGUAGAGGUUUUCAGUGAGUUAGAAGCCAUUCAAUUGUUACCUGUGGCUCGCUAGAGGAACAGGCGAUUUUCUUCCUGGUGGUUUGAUCAAUUCAAUGUUAUGAAAGUUUAUUUUUUUCCUUUUACGUUGUACUGCUUUGAUGCUAAUUUAUGUUCUAGCUAGUUCUUGGUUUUUAUUUUUUAACUUUGACUAAUCGGUCCAACAAAUAGCUUUUAUAUUUUAUAUAAAUGAAAGAAGAUAUUUUGUCAUUAUCACGUUUUACUUCUUUUCAACAGAAAAUAUAGAAAUAGUAGAAAAUAUAUUUUCUAAAUAUCACUUUAUAAUUUUAUUGGUCCAAAGAUUCAAAAAGUUGCAACGUACUUCUAUUUGUUCAUGUGUUAUAGCAUUCUACUUUCAAGAAGUUGCUAUCAAGUCAUGGUAGUUUUAAUAAUACAGCCAUACAAAACAUUUAAAAGUAGUACAUGAUGUGCUUAUUAUUAAUAUAGUAAAAAAAAAAAUACAUUUUGUUGGUUUCUGCACACGUGUAGCAUGCUUAUGGUUGCAUCUGAAAUAUAUCUUAUAAGAUAUAUUGAAUAAUCUGAAAGGUAAGAAGUGAGGAAGUGCUCUUUUAUCUUAGUGAUGCUUUUAUUUAAUAAUUAGGAUGAAGGGGACAUGGGGUUGAAUCCUGAAUGUGAAGAUGUGGUGGAAGGUCAAGUGGGAGCGGAGGUGGGUAGUGAUACUGAUGGUGUAGCCCUCUUCCAAGUUGAGAUGUGUUUUGGGGUGUUAAUGUUUGUUAGGUGCAUGCUGCUUAACACCAAGCAGAUUAUCGAAAAGGCUGUUGAUGGAGAUAAGGAUUAUCUAAAACAUGCUCUUUUGCUUUUUCUCAACUUUACUUCUGCUUCUGAUCAUUUUAUUUUCAUCAUGGUUUUGGCACAAAUGGCACUGAGGAUGAGAAAGAGCAUGGUGUAGUUUAUGAUCGGAAAUUGAAUUCCUGGGUUGAGUGUUCGACAUGGCACAAGAAAGAGAAAUGAUUUUGAAGUUUUGCUGUCUAGUGGUUUAAGCCAGAUAGAGAUAAUAUGAAGGAGGAUUAGAGGAUCGACAUAAUGGAGGAUAAUGAUGUUGCGGAGUCGAUCAGUGUGGGAGAAACCACUAUCAACAAAAAAAAAAAGGAUAAUAUGGGCAAUUAUUCUUUUAUUAUUCAUCUUUGGUUAUCGAUUAUUUAAUCAUUUUUUUUUAAUUUAAACAAUAAAUUAACCACAUCGUAUAUCACCGGUUAUUGAUUUAAGAUGUCCAGAAUUAGUAUAUUCCAAAGAAAACUGAUUUCAAAUGUUUAUUAUGUAAAUAUGGAAACUAAUACUUAUGUUUCUAUCUUGACAUCACAGUUUCCGGUGGCAGAGCAAAAACAAAAGCUAGCAUGUGUAUUACUGUUAAAUUCUUAUACUAAGUAAUAUUAUUUAAAUAAUCAGUAUAAAAUCAUAUAUAAAAUAAUAUUUUCCAAAAAAAAAAGAUUUGAAAAGUGAUUUUGAAAUUUCACACCCAUCUAUAGAUUCUUUUUACGACGCCAUUGCUAAUCUUUUUAUUUAUGAAAGCAAAAGGUUGUGUUUUAAGUUUUAUUGUUAAUCCCAUUAGAGAUGACACCAGUUUUAUAUUUGUUAUAAUUUUGACAAGUGCAAUGCCAUCACAACCACCUACAAAUAUUUCACUUGGCCCAUACGAUUGUGAGACUAUCGCAGACUGCAAAAAAUUUUGUUCAAAUUGGCAAGGGUCUCUUCCGAUAUGAGUGAACCGUAUUUGCGGCUGUAUCGAACUAU